AUGGCACCACAAACUAUAGCUAUGAUACCUACACCGAUAGCUGCUCCCCUAACCUUAUCAAAUCCUAUUGCUGCAGCCUCAGCGCCAUUUAUGACUUCAGCACCACUGCUAGCAUCAGCUCCCGCAGUGGCACCAGCUCAAGUGGUAGCAUCGGCUACCGCCAUGGCAACAGCUCCAGUAGUAGCUCCAGCUUCUGCAAUAGCCCCGGCAGCAGCUCCAGUACUGGCUCCAGCUCCUGUAGUAGCUCCAGCUUCCGUUUUAGCCCCAGCACCAGCUUCAGUUUUGGCUCCAGCUACUGUAGUAGCCCCGGCACCAGCCUUGGCCUAUGCUACGGUAUGUACCCCUUUGGCACUUGAUAUAUCUUAA